AUGAUUUACAUUCAGGCAAUGUCCCUCGAAAAUUUCAUUUCACUUUUCAAAUGUGUUAAAAAAAUCUUCUACUCUGCAGAGCAAAGAAAGAGUUUUAACUCUGAUUAUUUUAAUGAUUUAGAGAUUAGUUUAGUUUAG